GAAGCACGACCACAGAGACUGGACGGUGGUGCCUGCGGGGGUGGAGGUGGGUCGUCGCAGGGCCCAGAAACCUCGGCGGCAGGCAUUAAAGGCCUGUGGUGUCUCGGCCACAGAAACAUGAACAAACUGAACUUCCACAACAACAAAACCAUGCAGGACCGCCGCUGCGUCUGUGUCUUUCUGCCCAAUGAUGACACGCUCGAUAUCAUCGUCAAUGUGAAGACUUUGUGCCAGGAACUUCUGGUCCAGGUGUGUGACCUCCUCAGGCUGAAGGACUGUCACCUUUUUGGACUCAGCAUCAUUCAGAACAAUGAGCACAUCUACAUGGAGUUGGACCAGAAACUGUCCAAGUACUGCCCCAAGGAGUGGAAGAGAGAAGCCAGCAAGGGCAUUGAUCAGUUUGGGCCCCCGAUGAUCAUUCACUUCAGAGCUCAGUAUUAUGUGGAGAAUGGGAGGUUGAUCAGCGACCGGGUUGCCAGGUAUUACUACUACUGGCACCUGAGGAAGCAGGUGCUGCUGUCUCAGUGCAUCCAGAGAGAGGAGGCCUACUUCCUGCUGGCAGCCUUCGCUCUUCAGGCUGACCUCGGAAACUUCAAACGCAACAAGCACUUUGGAAAGUACUUUGAGCCUGAAGCCUACUUCCCCCCAUGGGUGAUCACCAAGCGUGGCCGCGAAUACAUCCUGAGGCACAUCCCCAACAUGCACAAAGACCAGUUCGCUCUCACAGCUUCAGAGGCGCACCUCAAGUACAUUAAAGAGUGCGCGCAGCUCGAUGAUGUCACAGUCCACUACUACAGACUCUACAGGGACAAAAAAGAAGUGGAGGCGUCUCUCACGUUGGGCUUGACUUUACGAGGAAUCCAAAUAUUUCAGAACGUUGGCUCUGUGAGGCAGCUGUUGUACGACUUCCCCUGGUCCAACGUGGGGAAACUGGUGUUUGUGGGGAAGAAGUUUGAAAUCCUUCCUGACGGUCUGCCUUCGGCUCGUAAACUCAUGUACUACACAGGAUGUCCCGUACGCUCCCGCCACCUCCUGCAGCUGCUCAGCAACAGCCACCGGCUCUACAUGAACCUGCAGCCCGUCCUCAAACAGGUCCGACGGCUGGAGGAAAACGAAGAGAAGAAGCAGUACCGGGAGUCGUACAUCAGCGACGCUCUGGAGCUGGACAUGGAGCAGCUGGACAAGCGCUCCCAGGCCAGCGGCAGCAGCGCCGGCAGCGUGUCCCGGCCCAAACGCCUGUCCCGCCACUCCACCACGAGCCACGGCAGCUCGCACACGUCCGGCAUCGAGUCGGACAGCUUCAGAGCACCGGGGCAGGCCCCGCACCGACCCCUGCGGACCUGCAGCUCGUCCACCACGAGCCACGGCAGCUCCCACACCUCCGGCAUCGAGAGCGGCGGGAAGGAGCGCGUCCUGGACGAUGACGAGGUCGAGAUGCUGGUGGACGACCCCAAAGACUACGAGGAGCUUCACGAGAUGGUUCUGGAUCAGGAACUGUGUAUCCACAUCACAGAGGACAUGCUCACCAUGUCGCCCGACCAGACCAACGGAUACUCAGGACUGAUAGUGAAAGACGUCGGCUCGUCCACGUCCAGCUCCUCAGAGACGGUCGUUAAGAUGAGAGGACAGAGCAUCGAGUCUCUGCCGCAGACGUCUGCGUGCCGGAAGCCUCGGUCGUCCACCGACCGCCACAGCCAGUCGCUCGACGACAUUCGGCUCUACCAGAAGGACUGCCAGCAGUGGGCGGAGCUCUGCCAGGACACCGCCCACAGCUACACGUUUGGAUGCGCUCAGGAGCUGAGUGACAGCAGCGAGCAGCCGGGCCUGUCGGAUCAGCGCGCCGGCACCCUCUGCGAGCAGCACCCCUUCCCCAUCAAACGGACCAACAAGUACUUCUCUCUGGACCUGACGAGCGACGAGGUGCCCGAGUUCGUGGUCUGACGGAGGAAGAAGGCGAUGGGCGUCUCCUCCAGGUGCAGCGCCGAGAUGUUUCAGUCCUCAGGGAACGAGAUGUGAGCAAACUGGCAGCGAGGCAACUCACCCGUCGUCCCCCACCUGACUCACCCGUCGUCCCCCGCCUGAGGCGUACCGAACAGACGAGGUGGAAUCUGGAUUUAAAAAAAAAAAAACGACUGAAGGGAAGCUGGAUUUUACCGUGCGGCUCAAACUGCUCGCCCUCAUCAGCUCUUCAGCUUCACUCCUGUCCGUCAAACUGACUCUAAGAUUCUCUGACGAACUCGAAGCUGCAAACCAAAGAAGAAUCGUGGAGAUGAACCCGAGCGUUGGUCUGAUCAAACGUCACAACCAUUUCUUUUUUUACUCCUCUGUUACAUCGCUUCAUUUGACCCCUACAGGACGUGCAGCC